AUGAGAAAGCGGACACCUGCUGGAAUUGCUGCUGCUGAAAUAGAUGACAUGACGAUUCAUUCAUUUUUGGGCGAACAACGUAAUUUUGGAGAGCCACAAACCAUCAAACCAGGUGAUGCAAAACUCGAGAAAGAAUGGAGAUCUAUCGAGUAUCUCUUAAUUGCUGAGAUGAGUAUGGUUGGUUUAACUUUACUUGCAAAACAUUCUGAUCCUCAAGUUUCAUUUGGUGGUGUGACCAUUAUUUUCUUUGGUGACUAUUUGCAAUAUCGAUCUGUAUAUGAUGCACUAGUGCACACUGAUCUCACAUUAGCACCUAAAACUAAACCGCGCAAACGACCCACAGAAAAAGAAAUUCAACAACGUGUUGUACGAUCUUUAAUUCUUCAAAGUAAUUGUGUGACGAAGCAUUUACCAGGUUUGUUACCAUUUGUACCAGGAAUGCCUGUUAUUUUAACACAAAACAUUGCUAUUAAACUGGGUCUUAUCAAUGGCAUUAACGGAAUCUUUCGACAACUUGUGUACCAGUCAGAUUCUGUGUCAACAAAUAGUCUAUCGGAAGCAUUUCCGAGUGGCACGCGAUAUGUUCAUCGGCCUGUAUAUGCAUUAAUUGAAAUUACAAAAGCGAAGAUCGGAUGCAAUCUUGAAGCACUUCACCCAAAACUUGUUCCCGUACUGUUAAUGGAGCAGAUAUUUCGCGUUGACAUUGGUGAUAUUCUUCCAAAUGAUAGGAAACAAAAAUUAAAUCAAACGGCAAUCUUGUCAAUCAAACGACGUGCAUUACCACUUGUUUCUGCUUAUUUAAUUACGACACAUAAGAGUCAAGGUCAAAGUUUGAAUAAAGUCGUCAUUGACCUGAGGCUACCAAAUGAAACUGAUGACAUUGCAGCAAUUUAUGUACCAUUAUCGCGUGUAAAACGCUUAAUUGAUUUAGUUAUCUUACGGCAUUUCGAUUACAAGGUUUUGCUAAUCAAGCUGAAUCAAUCUCAACUCGCCGAAAUGGAAAGACCUGAUAAACUCUAG